AUGGUCAACAGUCUCUGGUUCAAAUGGAAAAAGCUUCGCCUGCCCUGGCGGAAGUCCUUCCUGGUUGGUGAGGACCUCGCCGGAAAUACCUUCUGGGAGUUCAAGGAUGUGAUGAACGCAUCUCGGUUCCGACGCAUUGUUCGAUUCGAUCCUAAAACCCAUUUCAGUGACGUUCAAGUGACACCACAAUGGCAUCAAUGGCUACGACAUGUUCGUCAACACCCCCCGAGUCUUGAGGAGCAGCGGCAGGAUCUUGUCCGUCAGGCGCAAAUCAAACAACUCGCCCGACUCGCCGACGAACGCUGGGCCAGCAAGGCCUCCUUCCUCGAUAAGCCCAAGACUCACCAGCCGGUACCACCAAUUCAAGCCAAUGAAGCAGGUCUAAAUCCGCCCUCUGUCAACGCUGCCCCCGCACAACAAGCACCGGUGUCCCCCAAUACAGCGCCGAAGGCAAAUCCUGCUCCCGCCGAGCCAAAGACACAAAAAGAGAACCCAUGGGCCAAGGCUAACACGACCAAUCCGGGAGAGGAGUGGCAGCCUGAUGCGUGGUCUCCUAGUUCCAAGCGGUGA